AUGGCUUUGGCUAAUACCAACCUCCCGAGCUUUCGGGUGCUCUUCUCGAGCCGCGCGGACUGGCUCGCGGAACUUGCCGUUCUCGCACCUGUGGAGCCCUUCAGGUGCGAGCCAUUCAACCUGACAGUCUUGGAAGGCCUCCGCUGGCUGGCACGGGGUGAUGCCGUUCGUGGCGGUACAGCGCUCAGAGCGGCUGCCGCUUCUCCCCCGGCCUCUUCUCCCCCGGCCGCUUCUCCCUCUACCUCUUCUUGUACCCCGGCCGCGUCUUCUACUUUGGCUGCUUCUACCCCGGCUGCUCCUACCCCGGCCGCUUCUCCCUCGGUCGCUUCUCCCUCGGCCUCUUCUCCUUCGGCCUCUUCUCCUUCGGCCUCUUCUCCUUCGGCCUCUUCUCCUUCGGCCUCUUCUCCUUCGGCCCCUUCUCCCCAGGUCUCUUCUCCCCCGGCCCGCGCAAGUCCGCAGAGGGCUGGAUGUCGCCGUUUCAGGGCGGAUGGGUGGGAGAGCCCGCCAAGGAAGAGAGUCCGUCAGAACUGGCGUAUUGACGGACAUGAUUGGGAAGCUGACAAUUACCCAAUUCGGGAUUGCUCACCCGCGAGUCCGGCCGACAGUAACAUCUCGAUCGCCGAUGCGUCCCCACUUAGCCCUAGCGAUAUGUCAAUGCAGGAUGCUCCUUCUCCGGACAAUGACAUCCAGAUGCAGGAUGGCUCUUCCCCUGGGAGUCACAUGUCCAUUGAUGAUGUCCCAUCCCCUGCUGCUUCCUCGCUGCAAAGCGAGAUUUCAAUGACCGACUGCGCGGCCCAUCAAAUCGACAGUCAGGAUGUGGAGAUGUCACGUACGCCAACCCCUCCGCAACAAGAGAAGCCCGUCGUCGCCAGUGUUCUUCCGAGACGUCCUUCCCCCGUCAUUGCUGGCCCGUCUACCACCAAGGAGGUCGUACCAUCUGUGGUGGCGGCCCCUGGCCAGGGCGUUGCCGGCUACCAGGACAUGGCAGCCCCAGUGGAAAGCACGGACGCCAAGAACAAGGGCAACGGCAAGGGCAAGGAGAGGGACCCUGGGAACGACACGAUGGCGGAUGGACCAUCGACCAACGCCAAUAAGGACGGGCAGGCAAGCACUUCGGCCUCCCAGGAAAUGUCUACCAGCAGCGAGCAACAGGCUGCGUGGUAUGGGCAGCUUGAGGAUCACUCUCUCAAGAGGAUCAAAGAGGAUCGUCGUGCCAGAAGGUUGCCUGCCCUGACCGACUUCAGCUACGACCAGCUUGGCCAGUACCAGUUGGUGUUCGACAAUUUCAGCAAGCUGUACGGAAGCUUCGGCCGUACCACUGCUGGCUCGAGUUUUGUCCUGGCUGCCUGGCGCAAGCUAGGCACGGUGAUUUGGGGCAGAACCUUCAGCAACCCCGAUACGGCCAUAAAGCAGCAUCUUCACGAUGCUGUGAAUAUCCUUGCCUUGCUGAGGGCAGAGAAGUCGGCGAUCAGGUCGAUCUCCGAGCUCCGCAACAGCGUUCGAGAAGUCCUGGAGAAAGGCGGUGGUUCGUAA